UAUUUUAAUGUCUGUCUGUAAAUAGUGUGUUAAUAAGUGUACAAUGGAUAAAAUUAAAAACAAUUUAUUAAAUAAUAAAUUUGAUAAUAUUUGUCGAAUUUGUUUAAAAGAAUGUGGAAUAAUGUUGCCUAUUUUUAAAGAAAACGGUGUAAAAUUGGAAGAAUAUUUAUCUUUAGCAGAUAAAAUAUCGUCUAUCGCGGAAGUUCAGAUAAACGAAGGAGACGGAUUGCCGCAAUUAAUUUGUCAUCCAUGUAAUUUACGAAUUGAAAAAUUUUAUGAAUUUCGAGCUCAAGUGGAAAUUUCGGAUCGUGCUUUACGAACUGCUUUGGGCACGGAAAAAACUUCUUUUAAGGAAGAGAACAAUGAAUAUUACAAAAAUUUUAUAAGUAACAAUCUUUCCGAUGCUCAUUUAAAUUUAGGUGAAGUUAAUACGAUAAUGGUUCCUGAUGAUGAUGACAUGGAAGUGGUCUGGAAAAUUUGCAAUGCAAAUAAAGAAGAAUCGGAUAAUAUUGGUUACGAUGAAUCGAUUCUCAAUGAUUUUCAAGCAUACAAUAAUGAGAGUGAACAGGAAUUCGAUGGAAUUUUAAUGUCACCGGAAAAAUAUGCAUCUGGAAUUAUUGAUCGUAAAACAAAAGUACAACGUCUAAAUAAUUGCGCACAAUGCAAUAAAUGUUUCAACGAUAGUCAAGAAUUAGCUCUUCACUUAUCCGAUCACGUGACGAAUAAUGAGGAAAAUAAUGUAAAUGAUGAGACUAAAUGUGAAUUGUGUUUUGAACAAUUUUCAUCGUUAGAAAAUUUAAAAAUUCACAUACAGGAACAUUUUUGUGACACGCGUGUCACAAAUUCCGAGAAUAAUAGUAUUAAAUCCGAAAAGAAUAUAAACUAUCAGAGUAAUGAGGAAUAUCAUUGUUCGCAGUGUAAGAAAGAAUUUCUCACUGCGGAUGAAUGUUCUGAGCACAUUAAGAAGCACAAAGUACAAAAAUUAUUUAUGUGUGGAAUAUGCAAUAAAGCAUUUACGAGAAAUUCCUCGCGGAAAAGACAUGAAUUAAAUCAUGUUGAGAAGAAUUUCAAAUGUCGACAGUGUGGAAAAAUGUUUUUGAAAAAAACGGAAUUAAGGUAUCAUGUGAGUUGUCACGUGGUAACACAGCCGACUUGUGACAUUUGUAGGAAAACCUUUCAAAAUCGACAAUCAUUGAAACUUCAUAUGAAACGUCACACAGGUGAAAGUACAUACACUUGUAAAACAUGUGGGAAAAAUUAUUUUUCCAAUUCAGAAUUAAAUCGUCAUAUACAAAUACAUUUGGGAAAACGGGAUUUUCCCUGUUCAUUGUGUGAGCAAUCGUUUUUUUCAAAACCCGAACUCACAAGGCACAGUAAAUAUCAUCGUGGCGAUAAGAAAUUUAAAUGUCAAAUUUGCUCGAAAUCGUACUUUGAAUCUGGUCAUUUGAAAAUACAUUUGAGAAUACAUACUGGUGAAAAGCCAUUUAUAUGUGAAAUUUGUGCCAAAGCAUUUAUAUCAAAAUCAAAACUUGUGAGGCAUCAGAAAAUUCAUUUGAAAGCAAAUUCAAAGAAAAGUGAUAAAACAAAUGUUUUCGAAACGCAGAUUUAAUUUUACAAUAAUACACAAUGGUUCAAGUUUGAAAUUGUAUAUUGGAUAUGUUAUGUUUGAUGGAACAAAAAAAGGAAAAAAAAAAGAAAAAAAAAAAAAAAGAAUGAAAGAAAGCAGGAAAAAUAUAUGAAAAAUGUUGUUUCGUAUACUAGAGUUUAAGAAAAAAUGGUUUUUAUUAAAUCGAAAGAAAUACGAAAAAACAAGUGGAUUUGUUAUUUCUG